AAUCGGUUUUAAAUUGUGGCGCAAAUUUACAAACCACUAAAUCAUCCUACCAUAUGUUGGCUACCUAAUAUUUUCCUCUCCACUCCAGCUAGUCAACACACACAUACAUAUAUUAUAUUCACCUUUUGUAUAUUGAAAGCACCAUUUUUCUAGUGAUAAACUCUGCAAUAAACCAUGACUAAGACCAAGAGACUUCUCACACUUUUCCUAAGGUUCCUUGCCAUUGGAGCAACAAUAGCAGCAGUGAUUGUAAUGGUGACAAGCCAUGACUCUACUCAGGUCCUAAACCUGACCUUCACUGCCAAAUAUAGCAACGUCCAAGCAUUCAAGUUCUUUGUGAUAGCAGAAGCCAUAGCAUGUGGAUACAGCAUAAUUCUCCUUUUCACAUGUUCCAAAACUUCACUUUGGCGUUUGGUUCUGAUCCUGGAUGUGGUGAUAGCAAUGCUACUCUCUUCAAGUGUGUCAGCAGCACUGGCAAUAGCUCAUGUGGGCAAGAAAGGCAACACUCAUGCUGGUUGGUUACCCAUUUGUGGACAAGUUCCUAAAUUUUGCGACCAUGUCACUGGAGCUCUUGUUGCUGCUUUCGCCGCAGCUAUAAUAUACUUUCUGCUUAUUUUUUCUUCGCUUUACUCUGAGAAGAACACCCUCUUCCUGUAAAACUAGCAACACAUACAUCACCACUCAAUUGUUUUCUUGAUUCUACGUACCUAUGUAGCAUCUUUUCGUUCCAGCUCUGGGCCCUUUACUCUCUUUGUACUGAUUUAUUAGUUCACAGAUAGAUAAAUCAAUAUCAUUGCACUGAUUCAUGUGAAUUGUCUUCUUAAUUUUAUUACUCAUCAUUGAUGUGUUAGUCACCGACCAGAUUAUUUGCUGUCUGUUUGUUAUCUAAAUUUUUAUCUGCCGUACUUCAAU